AUGAAGUUUGCCAUCGAUAAAAUCAACAACUCCACUUCCCUCCUCCCGGGAAUAAAACUGGGCUAUGAAAUCUACGACAGCUGCUUAGAGCCAGUGGUGGUCAUACAGCCCAGCUUGUUAUUCCUGACCAGGGAGGGCAGCGCUGGGAUCAGAGUCCUGUGCAGCUACACCGACUACCAGACCCGAGUAACAGCGGUGAUCGGGCCUUACCUGUCAGACCUCGCUCUGAUUACAGCCAAGCUCUUCAGCUUCUUUCUAAUCCCGCAGGUCAGCUAUGGAGCCAGCAGUGAGAAACUCAGCCAAGAGGAGUAUUACCCAUCCUUUUUCCGGUCCGUUCCCAGUGAUAAGAGCCAGUCGAAAGCCCUGGUGCAGCUACUCGACAAGUUUGGAUGGAACUGGAUUGCGGCCAUCGGGAGCGAAAAUGAAUAUGGCCGUGAAGGCCUGGGCACCUUCUCCAGCUUGGCCACAGCCCAGGGCAUCUGCAUAGCCUACGAGGCAUUGAUUCCUGCUGACCCAUCAGUCCCACAAGAUCACAAGAAACUGGAGACAAUAAUCAAGUACAUCAAUGAGACUCAGGUGAAUGUAAUUGUUCUCUUCUCCGUGGACAGGCCCGUGAAGGCCCUGCUGGAACAGUGGAUCAGUCAUGGCUUCAGCCAGAAGGUCUGGAUUGCCACUGAAGCCUGGGUGAUGUCUGACAUAGUCACCUCCAUCCCUAACAUCCAGACCAUUGGGACUGUCAUUGGCUUUACCAUCAAGGGAGGCAUUGUACCUGGCUUUAAAGACUACGUUGCUGACCUCUUCGCAUCCAUCCAGCAGGAGAGUUUCUGCCAGGCUUCCUGGGAGUACAGCCACGAUGCCAACUCCGCUGUGCUCGGCCCGCAGUGCAGGCAAUGCGACAAUGUCUCCCUGCAUGACGUCUCUCACUUGCUAGAGAACCAGCAGACCUACGCGGUGUACAUCGCCGUGUACAGCGUGGCCCAUACGCUGCACCAGGCGCUGGGGUGCACGGAGGAAGGGUGCCCAAAAGCAACUGUCAAGUCCUGGCAGCUGCUGGACAUCAUGAAAGAGCUUCAGUUCACCCUUGAUAACCAAUCAUUCCACAUGGACCAGUUCCAUAGCAUGAACCAGGGCUUCGACAUCAUGUUCUGGAGCUGGCAGAAAGGCAACCUCCAGUAUAUACCCGUGGGAGACUACCAGGAGUCCUUACACAUCAACACGUCCCAGAUUCGGUUUCACACCAUGGAUAGCAAGAAGCCUGUAUCCACGUGUUUUUGGCGGUGUGAACCCGGGCAGAUUAAGAGAGUGAAGGGAUUCCACCUCUGCUGUUAUGACUGUAUCGACUGUGAAGAAAACACCUACGAGAGAAGCAAAGAGGACUUGUUUUGCACUGACUGUCCAGAACAUCAGUGGUCACCUAUUCGAAGCACCAAGUGUUACGACCGCAGCGAGAGGUACUUCUUCUGGGACGAGCCGCUCAUCAUCGGCUUGCUGGUCCUGAUGCUCUUCACCAUGGUGCUGACCGGCCUGUCAGCAGUGCUCUUCCUUAAGAACCUCAACACGCCGCUGGUGCAGGCGUCCGGGGGUGCCAGGAGCAUCUUUGCCCUGCUCUUCCUCUUGCUGAUGUGCCUCAGCUUGUGCCUCCAAAUAGGGAAGCCCAGCACUGCCAGCUGUAUGCUCCAGCAGCCUCUCUACACCCUGUGCCUCUGCGCUUGCUUCUCCACCUUCUUAGUCAAGUCGCUGGAGAUCGUCUUGCUGACGGAGUUCACAAGCUGUCCCAAAGGCUUCCUGCUCUGGGUGACCCAGAAGAGGGCCUGGCUCGUUGUCGCUGUCACCUGCCUGGUUGAGAGCAUGCUCUGUUUUUGGUACAUCUACUCGGUUCCAGCCUUCCCGGUGAGGGAUUACAAACUGCUGCACUCCCAGGUUCUGAUCCGUUGUAGGAUUCAGUCCUGGUUCGCCUACGUUAUGAUCCAUGGCUACAACGGCGGCCUGGCAUUCAUCUGUUUCCUCUGCACUUUCAUGGUGCAGACCCCUGCCAAGAAGUACAACAUGGCCCGGGGGAUAACGUUUAGCAUGCUGGCCUACUUCGUUACUUGGAUCGCUUUCAUCGCCACCUACAGCACGGUGCAGCCCACGCAGCAGCCCGCCGCGGAGAUCUGCGGUGGGCUGCUGUGCACGCUGGGGCUCCUGACCUCCUUCUACAUCCCUAAAUGCUACAUCCUCUUGUUUAAGCCCGAGUGGAACACGUUGGCUUAUUUCCAGUUACACCAAGGAAGGGCCUCAUGAGAAAGACUCCCACUAACCAGACCUGUUCUAGGCUGCUGUGAAAGGCUUUAAAUAUCAGCGAGGAUGGUUUGGUUUGUAAUGAAUCCACGAGCUGCAGUCACAAGACACAAUUACUGUAUAAAAUAUACAUACAGCCCUACCUGGUAGACUGAAGGCUAGAUCCUUUCCAGCUCAAAAUAAUAAUAAUAAAAAAAUCAUAGGGUUCUGAUGCUUGAACUAAAGGACUAUGCCCCAGGCGACAAUAGCAGUAGGUCCCAUAUCCUCUUGGGCCAAUAAGCAGAGGGAGUCAUUGCUCAAUCGGUGCCCCCGCAAAAGUCAGCAAUGUUACAGGUUCCAUUCAAAGGUUCGGAUGCUUCUCUGCAGCAUCUGUUCCUGUCGGAUCUACACAGCUGAGCUGUAGGAACCUCACCAGGCCCAGCUCCCUCAAAAGAUUUCCAGGUUUUCCUGCUUCUAGUCAGGGCAGAAAUAAAAGCCAACCUGCUUCUCCCGUGCUAUUUCUGUAUAGCCAUUUCCGGUCCUGACCGGAGUAUGAAAAUGCAGGAGGGGCCACAGAAAGAAGGGAUAGCAUGGGGUGGGGGAGGAGAGGACUUGCUCUCAUGGAAGAAGCAGAUGCUCAGCACCCCUCGAGUUUCAGUUGGGUGAAUUUCCGAUUCCAACUCAACAGUAGGGGAAAAAAUAGUUACGGCCCAGGAAUUGCUGAGUACGUAUCUACAGAUCCUUUAUUACUCCUCUCAAAUAUGCACCACAGGCAGCAUGGAUGGGGGAGAGAGAACCCACUGAAAUGCCUCUGCAUUGCUGCUAGGGUGAGAACCAAGUAGAAUCGUAUUCAAGGAUCAGUUCCUCUAGUCCCAGUAACUGGUUUAAAGGCUGGAGUUUGCUUCUGGCUUCCAUGCUCCUGGGUGCUUCUUGGUAUAUCUGUUUGCUCUGUUCCUAGCGCACAAGCGUGCUUUGCAACACACAGGGUUUGUAACUCCAGGCUAGCGUA